AUGGCCGAACGUCCUGUUGAAUUGAACGUUGACGUCGACGUUCCGCCAGUAAAUCAGCAGCAAAAUCGAAAUGGCGAUGCAAGAGCUCAAGCACAGAACAACACUCAAUUUGGGGUCGUACGCGAUCGAUUAUUCCAUGCGAUGUUGGUCAAAGUCGCUCUCAGUUAUAGCUCACAUGUGAGCAUGUUUUGGCGACGAAUCAUCGAAUUCAUCUCAUUGUUAAUAGCUUUGUGCUUGUUAUUCACUUUAUUAUUUGUUCAUUUGAUGUUCACCCGAUCAUCGGCUACAUGUCUAGAUCAUAUUCGGGACACAUGGCCAAGAGAUGGAGUUAUACGGCUUGAAGUUGUACACAAUCUUCGUACACUUGAGUACAAGGAGAACUGGAUAAAUUGGUAUAAAAAUGAACGGAGCCACAUGACAUGUUCAUUCAAUCCGGCUGAUGUAUUACUGUACGGCCCUCGAGCUAUGCCUGCUGAGGUACGCGAAGGACGUAGCAAACCUCCUCAAAAGAUGAAAAGAGAUGAGCCCAGUGAACGAGAGGCACACAGUGGGUCUAGUCUGCUGAGCUUUUUCCUUCGCGUGCCCACUGAAUUGCUUUUGAGCAAUGACGACUCACCUGACUAUGCAGACACAACG